GGAAGGGGAAAAUGCAGCGGGGCGGCUAAUGUGAGGCGCGUACGCCCUGCCGGAAGACGGUGAUUCAUUUCCAGUCACUCCCGAUGAGAGAUCAGCAAAACAGCUGUUUGUGAGAUGAGGGCGGCGUUCCUGCUGGUGGGUGCCCUAUGGGGCGUCACGUCACCCUUCCUGCGGUGCAAUGAUGCACACGACACCAGCCCGCAAGAAGACAACAUUCUCAAGAGCACGAUGAGGCUGCUCACAAACACAAAGGUGGGAUAGUCGUACGUAACGUGUAUCUGUAUGUGUGUCUGUGUUUGUCUGUUCAUUCAGUUCAUCGUGCCAUAUCUGCUGAACCAGGUGGGCAGUGUGCUCUACUACUUCCUACUGAGAGACUACGGUCAGCACCACAGACAGAAUCCCAACACUGGUGUGUGCCAUGCAUUCACACUUGUGUGCGUGUGUGUGCAGAGUUGUCCGUGGCUGUGCCGCUGGCCAACAGUCUUUCCUUUCUGUUCACGUGCAUCACUGAGGUCUGCCUUGACACACAGCUCGUGCAGACAUUCACUGACCCAGGUAGGUCCGCAGAGCACAGAGCAGAGCAGAGCAGCCACUCAUGUGCGUGUUGUACUGCUUGUAUGUUCAGUCGGUCUUGUUGGCGCAUUGUUGAUCGUCACGGGAGCUGCCGUGUGUCUGCAAACCUGACGGCCGCCGGCUUAGCUGCGCUGACUGAUUGGAUUGGUGCCGAUCUAUGGCGUAUUCGCUGCCCG